AUGAAUUUUUAUAAAUUUCCUUAAUAAACCACUAUCCUAGUAUACAAUACAGCAAAUAAAGAGUAAGCAUAAAUCAAAAUUACUAAUGAUUUUAAAUUGUUCUUAAACUCUUUAAAUGAAAAGUUUCAAUUACCUUCCAAAUUUACUUUAUGUUAUUAAUUUAACGUUAAGGAUAGAGUCAUUUUUUUGGCUUGUCCAUCAGAUUUUUAAUUAUUUUUGAAUAAGAUAUAGAAACUGAAAGUUAAGUAUCAAUUACUUUUAAUAUUUUUUAGUAAUUAUCCUAUUAUCUAAAUCAUUAGCUUGAAAUAGAAUUAAUUUAUUUCAAAGGAGAUGAUUUAAGAUGCUGAAGCAUGGUAAGAAAAACUGUCAGAAGGAUAUUCCUCAAUAAUUGUAUAGAACUCAGAAAUCGAAUAAUUAAAUGAAGAAUUUUAACAUGUUUCAAUCUCUUAAAAUUAGUAACAAGAUGAAAUCAAUUAUCAUAAAUGCCAAUUUUGCUAUAAGGAUUUGGAAUAAAAUAGAUAUUUUAGAUGUAUGGUUUGUUUUUUCUUUUAAAUUUGUGAAAUGUGUAAUAUUCAUAGAAAAUUGAAUGAACAUUCUGAUUGUCAUAUUUUUAUUUUAUGUAAUUAAGUGAUUGAUUGGAAUAAACUUAAAUAAGAUACAAAGAUUAGAUUAAUGAAUUAAAAAACCAAGCUUAUGAAAAAGUUUAAAAUACAUAAAAUGAAUAUUCAUGAACUUAUUGUUUGUGAUUGUUGUAAUUCUGCACCAAUUUAAGGUGUUCGAUAUUCCUGUUGUCAAUGCCCAGAUUUUGAUUUAUGCUAAUAAUGUCUUAAGAUUUAUCAUCAUGAUAAGACUCAUAGUUUUAUAUAAUUAACAACGAAUAUUGAAUUUAUAAUAUUUACAUGA